CCAGAUUUCACUUUUAGGCUUUACAAAGAAAUACGAACUCGAGACAGAACAAAAAGUGCUGAUGUCAUACUAUCAGAGUAACUAUCCUUCCUAUGGUGGAGGUGGAGGGUAUGGUGCAUAUGGAGGAUACACUAGUUCUGGUCCUCCUCCCCCACCACAAGGAUAUGGGGGUUAUGGAGGAUACAGUGCCUACAAUGUAAACCAGUCUGCAUACAACCAGUAUCAGAUGGGAACUGCCCCUCCCCCUCCCACAGGGGGUUAUGGAGGAGGAUAUGGAGCAAAUCCAUUCCAGGCAAUUCAGGGAUGUUAUCAACAGUACCAAAGCAAUCCUCAGUACCAACAACAGCACUGGCAACCACCACCACCACCACCAGCUCCACAGGGAAUGGUAGACAAGUACAAUCAACAGAUGUACCAGAAUCAGUGGUAUGCACAACAGCAAAUGAAAGAACAACUUCAGCAGCAAAUGGGAAUUAAGAAAAAGAAGAAGAAGGGAAGGAAACAAAGAAGGAGGGUAGAAGAAGAUGAUGAAGAAGAUGAGGAGGAGGAGGAAGAGGAAGACGAUGUAGAUCCAGAUGUUGAGGCUAUGCUGAAGGAAAGACUGCGUACUACUUAUAUUGAUGAGUUGAUGCGUCGCUUAAAAGUCUCUGGAACUCUUGACAUAACACAGGGUACUAUUGGUGCCUAUGCUAGAUAUGAGCCUGAAGACCCUGUUUUUAAAUUCAUGGCAUCAAAAGGUGAGGAUUUGUCAGAAAAUCCAAAAUGGGACCCUGAAUGUGAUGUGCAGUAUCUGAGAGAUGCAAUGAAAGGCUUAGGUACUAAUGAAGAUGCAAUCACUCAUGUGCUGACCACCAGAAACAAUGCCCAAAGACAACAGCUGAAAAAGAUGUUUAAAACAGCAUAUGGAAGGGACUUGAUCGAGGAUGUAGAAUCAGAGCUGAGUGGGGAUUACAGAUCUGCAAUAAUGGCACUUUUUGUUCCCCCUGCUGUGUAUGAUGCAUAUUGCAUUAAGGAAGCAAUAUAUGGACCAGGAACAGAUGAAGCCAGUCUUAUAGAAAUUUUUAUGACAAGAACAAACCCACAAAUACAAGAACUUAGAGCAGUGUAUGGAGAUGUGGCAAGUCCUCACAGAAAAGUAUCAGGGACUCUGAUAGAAAAGGACAUUGAGGGAGACACCAGUGGAGACUUCAAACAACUACUUGUAGCAGCAGCACAGGGUAAUCGAAAUGAAAUUACCAGGGAACAGUUGGAAAAAGCAGUAGAGGAGAUUGAAGUGGAUGGAAAAGGAACAGGAAUGUUUCAAGUAAACUACUCAAAAUUAGCAGACAUGAAGAAAGCUAAGAGAGAUGCAGAGAAACUCUAUAAAGCAGGAGAAGACAAAUGGGGUACGGAUGAAGAAGAAUUUAUCCGUAUCUUUUCGACCAGAGAUUACUAUCAGUUACGAGCCACAUGGGAUGAGUAUGUAAAGCUUACUCAAAGAGACAUCACAAAUUCUGUUGACAGAGAGACCUCAGGCGACUUUCGAUCUGGCCUUAAAGCCAUAGCACAAAAUAUUAAGUGCAGACCAAAAUAUUUUGCCCAACGCCUGAAAAAAGCCAUUAAAGGUUUAGGAACUGAUGAUAAGACCUUGAUUCGUAUCAUUGUUUCAAGAGCAGAGAUUGAUAUGGUUCAGAUAAAGAAAGAGUUCCUGGCUAUGACUGAUCAAACACUCUGGAAAUGGAUUCAUGACGACACAAGUGGUGAUUACCGUAAAGUCCUGUUAGCACUUGUCGGUAAAAAUUGAACGCACUCAGAGAAAUUGAGGAAAACAAUUUUUGAAAUAAUAGCCCAGGCACUAGAGUGUUCUUUUAUCAUUCUUUCUUUUUUGUUUUAACUUGUAGUAUAUGUUGAUGUCAUUUAUUAUGAAAAUGCUUUUUAUUGUAAAAAAAAAAAACCCUAUUAAUAGUGUUCUGUAUUGUAUUUGUCUUAAUUGUGGAGGGUCAAACUGGAACUUGAUAAAAAGUAAUUGUAGUGAGGAAACUACAGAUCAUUUCUCCUUUACAAAUUAUAUACUGACUGUGUGUUCAUGAGACUGCAUGUAAAUGAGACUUACAUGCUAUAUCUAUUAGCCUGUUUGUACUAAAUUAAAAUAGAUAUUAUCAUUGUACUUUGUGUUUGCUACAUAUUUACCAGUAUACUAGCAUCAUUAUAAUCAUGCCUAAAUUAAUUGUGGCCAUUUUUCUGCCUAACAGACUUUAAUUUUUCAAGGGUAGCAAGUUAUUGUUAAAACUCCUUUCUGUAUAAAGCAUUGUGAUCGACAUUUAAUUCAUAAUUGUUGCUACAGUACUGAAAAUAUCUUUAAAAUUAACUCCUGAUAAGAUUCAGAUAUAUCAUUUCUAUGUGUUUAAAAAUUGGACACUUUUGUUUUGUACUUUGUUUCAUUAAAGUGUAACUGUGAUAUUCUAUUUACUUUGGAAUAAAUGAACGUUACUAUUGACUACACUGCAUUAGUUAUCUUCUUAUAUAUUAGUACAUGUAU